AUUGUUUGCUCCAGCCGAGUGAGGACGUCUGCCGAGCAAGAUUGCUGUACGCCCCAAAUACAUACGUAGAAAGAGAGCUCGGUAGUAAAGCGCUCGAGACCAACAUUGCGAUCUCGUUUGAGAUUCAAACGCUGUGCUGUGCGAUUGAUCAGAGGGUAAACCCGACCUAGUCUGCCGUCUGAUCUCCACUGGAGCUGACGCUAUACCUCCGCCUUUACUUUAAAUCGAGCCAUUCUGGUUAAGUUACAUACAUACAUACAUAUGUACAUAUAUAACCCAACAACCAAACCGAACACUUGCAGUUGUUGAUUAGAGCCAGUCUCUUGGGGCACAGAAUAUAAUAAAUCGAAAACAGAAAGCAAACAAAUCCCAAACGUGACGCAGAGUCCGAGAGAAGCAAAUAACCUGUUUCGAAUCUGUCUAAAUUUGGCUUCGAAAUGACCAAAGUGCCGGAGACAACUUUCGCUGACCUGAGCUUGGCAGAUAAGACUGCAGUUAAGAAGUCGAGCAUUAUAGCUCGACGUUUUUCCGAUGUGUCCACUUGCUCGUUUAGCUCCACUUGUUUCACGGGCAGUUCAGAUGAGGACGAAGUUUCCCCAAAGGAUAACAGGCUGCGCAACUCCAGCGGCAGUACCGAUUUUUGUAUAAAGAAUAUUAGCAAGAGUGCGUUUGGACGCAGGGAGAUCGAUAUUGCAGAGUCGGAAAUGCCCGGCAUUAUGGCCCUGCGCAAGCGUGCCGCCGAGGAGAAGCCACUGAAGAAUGCCAAUAUAGUUGGCUGCACACACGUGAAUGCCCAGACGGCGGUGCUCAUUGAGACCCUGGUGGCGCUGGGGGCCAGCGUCCGCUGGGCGGCCUGCAAUAUUUACUCGACCCAGAACGCGGUGGCUGCGGCGUUGGCUGAGGCAGGAGUGCCGAUCUUCGCCUGGCACGGCGAGACCGAGGAAGACUUCUGGUGGUGCCUGGACAAGUGUAUCCACAAGGAGGGCUGGCAGCCGAAUAUGAUCCUGGAUGACGGCGGCGAUGCCACACACUUGAUGCUGAAGAAGUAUCCGGAAUAUUUCAAGUCAAUCAAGGGCAUUGUGGAGGAAAGCGUGACAGGUGUACAUCGGCUGUACAUGCUAUCAAAGGCCGGAAAACUGACCGUCCCGGCAAUCAACGUGAACGACUCGGUUACGAAGAACAAGUUUGACACCUUCUACACUUGCCGCGAUUCCAUUCUCGACAGUCUAAAGCGCACCACGGAUAUAAUGUUUGGAGGCAAGCAGGUCGUUAUCUGCGGCUACGGGGAUGUUGGCAAGGGCUGUGCACAAUCACUGAAAGGCCAAGGAUGCAUCGUCUAUGUCACCGAGGUUGAUCCGAUAUGCGCUCUUCAGGCGGCUAUGGACGGGUUUAGGGUGGUGCGCCUCAGCGAAGUCAUUCGGGACGUAGAUGUGGUCAUCACGGCCACGGGCAAUAAGAACGUUAUUACUCGUGAUAACAUGAAUCGCAUGAAGAACGGUUGCAUUCUUUGCAACAUGGGCCAUUCCAGUUCCGAGAUAGAUGUUAACAGUUUACACACGCCUGAACUGAUUUGGGAACGAGUGCGCUCCCAAGUAGACCACAUAAUUUGGCCAGACAAAAGAAUGAUUAUCCUGCUGGCCGAGGGUCGACUUGUAAACCUCUCCUGCUCAACCAUUUCGUCGUUUGUUGUGUCCGUGGCUUCCUCCACCCAGGCUCUUGCGCUGAUAGAACUUUACUCUUCACCUGGAAGAUACAAGUCGGACGUUUACUUGCUGCCAAAGAAAAUGGAUGAAUACGUAGCCAGUCUGCACCUGCCCACUUUUGAAGCACACCUGACGGAGCUGACAGAUGAGCAAGCCAAGUUCAUGGGAUUAAACAAGGCCGGGCCUUUCAAAGCUAACUACUACAGAUAUUGAUCACUUUACUCGCAUAUUUAUUCAUUAUUGUUAUUAUUCUUCAGUAUUUUGAUGUUAUUAAAGCAAGAAGGGGCGAAACUUUUGAUCAAUUUUUUGUCUAUUUUUCAAGACCAUCGCGACUAUUGGUCGCAAAUUUUGAUCCGCUCCAUUCAACAAACAUAUCAUCUAACUUAUCGAACUUAUUGUUUGAUAUGAUUUAAGUUUCAUCUCUAGGGUGUUUAAAAUAAUUUAAAAACUUAAUUCAACAAUAACGGAAUAUUUCGAAAUAUUUCCAAAUAGAACAAUAACAAUUAAAA